AUGCGCUGCGCAAUUGGUGCGGGACCCAGGAACCUCCCACUAGGCCCUGAAAGCAGAUUCGCUUUGAAACUUGGGGCGGGCAGGGUUAAGAGAGCGUGGGGGAGUGUGGGUGCGCAUGACCAGCGUCCUGCGCAUGCGUUGUCUCCAGGCUUCCUGUGGGCAGGAGUUUGGGAGGCGGGGCAUCCGCGUCCCUUGGCAGAGCUGGGCAGGUCGGUCCUGACUAGACUAGGAGGUGAGGAGGUGUCGCGCUCUGCCAGGCUGACACGCACCGCGAUCCCUGUGUCCCUGGACAUCUUCAGGAAGGAAUUCGAGUUUUCAGCCUCGGGGUUGGCAGCUCGAGGACUCCUUCGACACGAGGCUGACCUCGCAGGGCGGCCCGGGACCCCAGUUUGCGGUUUCCCGCAGACUCCCAGUUGUCGGGGUCCUGGGAGCGGCCCGGGGCACCCGGACCCGGAGCACCGCGUUCCCGGGCGAGGGGUUGUCCCGGGCCCCGUCGGGCUCGCUCCUGCUUGUCAGAUCCCUGGGGUCUUUAUUCUGUGUCCCGGUGGCGAGGGACAGGUAAAGGUGCCCAUGACGCUCAGCAGGUGGAGGAGAAGCCUCGCCCAUGCUCAGAAGUUCGGUUCUCAAGACUUGGUCUCAUCAUUCCUUGUCCUGAGAGUGGAUUCUAGUGGCCCAAUGUACCGUGGAUACUUGGAACCCACGCUGUCCCUGGUUGUUACCUUGCUGCUGACAGUUCCACCUUCACACACAGAAGUUCACCAGUGUUUGGGCAGAUGCUUGGGGGCCACCAUAACUACUGUUGGACCAGAGCUGCAGGGAAAUGCAGCCACCAUUUCCACCAUCCGCUCCUCUUGCUUGGUGGGUUGUGCCAUCACCCAGGACCACUCUGAUUCUCUGCUUCAGGCAGCUGCCAUCUCUUGCCUUCAAGAGCUUCACAUGUUUGCCCCACGACACGUCAAUCUGUCCAGCCUUGUUCCAAGCCUUUGUGUGGGAGCUGCCCUAAGAGCAGCCUUUUCACAAGAUACGCCAUCAGAUAUAAUAGCAAAAGCUUGUCAGGUGUGCAGCACAUGGAUUGGAAGCGGUGUUGUCAGCGAUCUCAAUGAUCUCCAUCGGGUGCAUAAUCUACUUGUUUCCUCUCUGGACAAAGUUCAGGCUGGCAAGGGAUCUUCUAGUCAACUAUACCGAGAGAGUGCCACCACCAUGGAGAAGCUGGCUGUUCUUAAGGCAUGGGCAGAGGUAUAUGUGGUUGCUAUGAAUAUUAAGAAAGAAGCUGAGUCAAAACCAAAGAGAGCAAUGAAAAAUACUGAUGAUGAUGACGACGAUUAUGGUGCCAUAGACGAACUGCCUCCAGACAGUUUAAUAACCCUGGUGCAGCCUGAACUGCCGACACUCAGCCGCCUGUGGCUGGCAGCAUUGAGAGACUAUGCACUUUUGACUUCCCCAGCUGAGUUUUCCAGUCAGCUUCCCGCAGAUGGGGGAGCAUUUUAUACUCCCGAAACCAUUGAUACAGCAAGACUUCACUACCGGAACUCCUGGGCCCCAAUUCUCCAUGCAGUGGCACUCUGGUUAAGCAGCACAGGAUUUAUAUGUCAAGAGUGCACAGAAGCAACAACUGAGUCUGGUGUACAGAAACGCUCCCCAGCGGUCAGUUUAAAGCAGGUUCCAGGAGCAAUGGCUAGUGCGGAAGCCUUGCCAGAAGUUAACAAGGACAGAAUGCACCUGACCCUAGGUGUGAGUAUACAGUUUCUUUGUUCCCCUCGACCAGAGGAGCCCAUUGAACAUGUUACAGCAUGCCUGCAGGCCUUACAUACCUUACUGGGUUCUCCUUAUGCACGAAUCCACAUUGUGGAAGAUCAGCUGAUUGGUGUUGAGCUGCUAAGUGUCCUGCACCGCCUGUUACUGACCUGGAACCCACCCGCUAUCCAUUUGCUGGUCACUGGAGUUGUGCAGCAGAUUGUCAGGGCUGCUCAGGACUAUGGACAGGAAAAGAGAAGCGCUCUAAAUGAAGAGGAUGUGGAAAAAGAGUCCUGUCCUACAUUAGGAGAAGGGGGUGACACCGGUGGCCUCAUUCCUGGAAAGUCCCUUGUGUUUGCAACCAUGGAGCUGAUGAUGUUCAUUUUAGUACGGCAUAUGCCACACCUGAGUACCAAGAUGUUGGACUCUCCAAGUCACAUGGUCACGAAAACUCAGCUGUCAGAGGAAAGUACUCGCUUGGUGGCAGCCACGGUGGCCAUUCUCUCAGAUCUGCCAUCGCUUUGUUCACCGGCUGGAUGUAUGACAAUCCUGCCCACAAUUCUGUUCUUAAUUGCAAGAAUAUUGAAAGACACAGCAAUAAAGUCUGCGGACAACCAGGUUCCUGCCCCAGUCAGUGCAGCUCUUCAGGGAAUAAAAAGUAUCGUGACUCUGUCCAUGGCCAAAACUGAGGAAACUCAGAGACAGUGGACAGCUCUAAUUCGGAGCACUCUUGCCUGCAUCCUGGAAUAUUCUCAACCAGAUGACUGUAUGCCCGCGCCUGAUGAAGCGAGCAUGCUUACAGCCAUUGUGCUCUUCCUGUGGUCUGCCAGCAGUGAAAUAAUAGGAGUGCAGUCCCUGCAGAAUGGCUGCGUGAACAGAUUUAAAAGUGCCCUGAACUCAUGUGACCCAUGGGUUCAAGCCAAAUGCUACCAGCUUCUCCUCUCGGUCUUCCAGCAUUCCAAUCGCGCGCUUUCUACUCCCUACAUCCACUCAUUAGCCCCACUAGUGGUCGCGAAGCUGAAAGCUGUGGAGAAAAACAGACCAGCCAGUAGCACGGAACUUCUGGCUGUCCAAGAAGGAAUUAAAGUUCUUGAAACAUUGGUUGUUCUUGGGGAAGAACAGAACAGAGUCCAGUUACUCACUCUUCUAGUGCCCACUCUGAUCUCUUACCUGCUGGAUGAAAGUUCUUUUGCCUCAGCAAGUCCGAUCUCCAAAGAUCUUCAUGAGUUUGCACUCCAGAACUUAAUGCAUAUUGGACCUCUGUACCCACAUGCUUUCAAGACAGUGAUGGGGGCUGCUCCUGAACUGAAAGCUCGCCUAGAGACUGCUGUCCGAGCCAGCCAGUUCUAUCUCCAAAGUAUAAUGGUCACACCAAGAAAAUCCCUGCAGUGACUGCACCAAGUCUGGAAGACAUCACUCCCCCUCCACGCCUAACAAUUUCACCCAAGGGCUCCGGCCAGAGCAAAGCCAAUUCUGCUCUGCUCGCCCU